AAGGCUUCAGGUGUUCUCUUUUGCUGUAAUAAUGGUGCUCCUUCCUUGCUGCUGCACCUUGUUCCUUUCAUGGACUCUGCUGCUGUUUCUGUUAUCUGAAGUUCAAGGUGACUGCAAACAUCCAGACCCACCUCCCUAUGCUACACUCAAGAGUGGAGCUUCAAAUGAGAGCUAUCCUGCUGGGACUAUUCUGAAAUACCAUUGUAUCCCAGGUUAUGAAAUCAUACCUGAGGCAACUCCUUCUAUUACAUGUCUAAACAAUUCAAGCUGGUCAGAAACUCCUACGUUUUGUCAAGGAAAGCAAUGUCGUCCUCCACCUAUAGAGAAUGGCAAAAUAACAUCCUCAGGUGACCUACGGCUUGGUGAAGUAAUAACCUUCACCUGUGAACAAGGGUACCGGUUAAUAGGCAAACAUUCUGCUCGUUGUAUAGUGAAGGACAACAUAGUUGUUUGGGAUAGAGAUCCUCCACUUUGCCAAAUAAUCCCUUGUCAUCCCCCACCUGAAAUUAGCAAUGGAAGCUAUUCUGCAAAUCAUAUAGAUGAAUAUGUCUAUGGCUCUGCAGUAACAUACAAGUGUAAUGCUGGUUUCUCCCUUAUUGGAAAUGCAAGUAUUGCAUGUAUGAUUGCGGGAAAUGGUGUAGAUGGAGAGUGGAGUCCAGCUGCACCUGAGUGUAAAGUGGUCCAGUGUAAGAGACCAAAAGUUCAAAAUGGAAGAGUGGAAAGUAUAUUCCAGGCUACAUACACACAUGAAAAUAUUAUAAAGAUUGGAUGUGAUUCUGGGCACACUCUGGUUGGCAGCGACUUUAUUAAAUGCGGGGCUGACAGUAUGUGGCAUCCUGCCGUUCCAACAUGUGUCACGCGCAUUUUCACCACCAUUCAUCCAGGUAUAUUCAGUACCCUGCCCACCGUUCAUCCAGAAGGAGAUAAGAAAAAUGAGACUUCAGUGGUCCAGUGUAAGAAACCAGAAAUCCAAAAUGGAAAAGUGACGCCGGUACAGCAGGCCUCAUACCCAUAUGACAAAGCAGUAACGAUUGAAUGUGAUCAUGGCUAUGAUCUGGUGGGGAACAAUACUAUUAAAUGUGGGGUUGACAAUAUGUGGCAUCCUGCUGUUCCAACAUGUGUCAAGGGAUCUGGCACAACAACAGUUGCUAUUGGAAAACUGACUCUGAUCUUGGCUCUUCUAGUUCUCAUUGUGUAGUCUCAGUUAAAGAGCUACUAUUGGAAGAAAAAAAUAUCUGUGGAGUUCCUGAUCUGACUGCACUAAACGUCUGCAAUAACGCUGGUGAUGGGGAAGAAAUUUGUUCAGUUUGUAUUUUAAGUUCUAUGUAAUACAAACUUACCUAAUUUGAACUUUUAAACUAUAACUCAGUUAUCCUUCAAGGUUUACACUGUCCAAGUUUUGCAAUGGAAUUUUAUAAUAAAAAAGGACACAAAAAAACUCAUAUAUUAGGGGAAAGAAUUUUUUUAAAUCCAUUAAAUUAGGAAAAAUGGCUUGUAGAUAAUAUAUUUAUUAGGUAAAACCAGG